CCUGCUAGUCACAGGAGCCACAAUGGCGUUUGUAGUCUCCUUCAGACAGGGCAGUGGAUGUUAUUAAAUCCACCGGCAUCGCCCUAAAUAUAGGCCUGGUUGAUUCCCAGAGCCAUUGAUAAUAAACUGGAACAUUUACUGCACACGAAUAUACUAUGAUUUCUGAUCAAUAUUGAAUUUAUAGGGGAUAAAAUUUACAUUAAAGGGAACAUGUAAACAGCACCAACCGGGUCAAGUUUUCAUUUUGUUCGAGAAACGAGCGCCUUUUAAUGACGGCCUUAGCUUGUUUCUGAACGCUAAAAUCGUUAAGCUAUGGAAUAAAAACACCUUCACUUAACUUGGCACCGGACAAGGACAGCUUUUACUAAGGGACUUUUUUCUUUUUCACGAAUCAGCACGCUAGCUGCUCAGCGUUAGCUAGCAGAGCUAGCUAAAUAGAAACGGAGACGAGACCACAAUGCUCCGAUGUUUGGUUUGGAUCUUUUUCAUUCACUGACUAAUUCAAAGCACAGACUUCACAGCACUGGAAAACCACCUUGGCUUUUUUCUACUUUGACAAACUAUGUUGGCGAUGGCAAUGGAAUAAACCAGCGUUAAGGAGGACUGGACGUGAGUGGCCUGGUUUGUUUAUUUUGUGUGUUUUCUUGUCCCGUAUCUGCUUGGUUGUGACACUUUUUGGCGUUUGGGAGUAUCGCUCUCCCGUGAAUGCAUUGCCUGGGCCACCGAGGCCCGGUCGCAGGAGAGGUACCGUCGCCGACGUGAGGGAUGCCUGGGUCGGACCGAAACCAUGGGAUCAAGAGGAAACAGGAAUCGAGCCUCAGCGGUGGGCUACAUCAGACCCAGGCCCCGCCUCAUACCUCUGCGGAAAACAUGACGAGCAGAGACGACAAGGUGCACUUAAAAUCUUCAAUGUCCUCUUCCUCUGCAAGACGCAAACGGCAUAAAUCAACCAAACAUGGUCGUGAAUCCUCUGUGGCACUGGGCCCUGAAGUUUCUGCCCUCGGUGAUACUGCGCCUCCUGCUGUCAACACGGUGAAGCCUCUGGUGGAGUAUGAUGAUAUCAGCUCUGACUCGGACACUUUCUCGGACCCACCUUCCUCCAGACCCUCAGAGCGGGGGACCAGGGGACUGGACCCCUCCUCUGACUAUGAGAGGGACGACGGAGAGACUGGAGGCAGGGAAAACCGGGGGCACAGGCACUCUCGGAAAAAGUCCAAGGACCCCAGCAAAGUUAGAGACUCUGGGGAGGGGGAUCGAAAUUACAAGAAAAAGAGCAGCAAGGACCGUGAGAAAGGGAGCUCUGGGAAGAGCAAGGAGAAGGUUGCCUCCGUGGCCUCCUCAGUGGCCUCCUCAUCCAGGCGCCAGGACCAAUCAGAUGGUGAUACUGGGUCAAAGCGUGGGGAGCUGAUGCUCUCCUCCCAGGUACAACCUGCGACCAGUGUAGGCAGCACUACUUCCUCCACAUCCUCAUCUCGCAGCAAGGAGAGCAGCCGCUCAGGGAAGUCUCGCAAAGACAGGCAGCAGCGGAGAGAAGGCCGUGGGGAGGGCAGCCGCAGCUCGUCCCAGAGGAGCCGGACGGACAGGAGCCACCGGAAGUCCUCCAAGAGCCACAAGUCCAGCCCCAAGGACAAGACGUCAAGCAGGGGGAGCCCACGGCGGAAGGGCACAGGCUCUACUCUGUCUCCCAGUCCCAGAAGAGGGGCUGGCAGUGACAGCCCACUGGGCAGUGGGUACGGGCAGCAGGAAGACAGCUACCACAGACGCAGGCUAGCCCAGCAGAGCCCCAGUCCCUACCGAGAGAUGUCCCGCCGCAGCAGGCAGAGGUCUGACAGCCCCUAUGGAAGCAGACACAGGUCCUCCAGCUACGAGAGGGACAACAGCCCCUACUCACGGAGACGCUCCAUCAGCCCUUAUGGUAACCGCAGGUCCUCCAGCACCAGCCCCAUGUCACGACGCUCAGGCCGCUCCAGGAGCAGGUCCCCUCUGUUGUACUCCUCUUCCCGUCGCUCCUCCUCUCGUUCUCGCAACAAGAGGCACACCUCCUCCGGAGGGGCAGGUGGUAGCUCCCAUAGCAGCCGACCAACCAGCCGCUCCCCUCCCUCCACGUCCCGUCUGCCGCUCAACUCCAGCCUGGGAGCUGAGCUGAGCCGCAGGAAGAAGGAGCGCCAGGCUGCUGUGGCGGCUGCUCGUGGCAACAGUGGAGCUUCCCCUCCUCCAUCGGCACGCAAAACCACCGGCCCCUCCUCCUCUUCCUCACGGCCCACUAAAACUGAGGCUGCACAGCCAGAUAAAGACUCAGGUGGUGCAGCUGAACCUCAGCCCCCACCCCCAGUGCAUUUACCCCAGGACACUCCCAGUGGCGAAGAUCAGGGUGCUGCACCUCCACCAUCAUCUUCUUCCACCUCUCCUGCACCUCCUUUGCCACAACCCUCACCCACAAUGCCACCUGCUGCAGUCACUCAGGCUCCACCCCUGCCGCCUCAGUCAGAACCAGUUGCUCUGCCUUCAGCCGUCGUGUCAGCCGCGUCCCAGCCGAAAUCCCCAGCUCUGGUUCCCAGCACACGCAGCCCCGUCCGCCAGACUCCCAUUCACAAGACUUCCACUCUGCCACCCCUGCCUUUACCACCCAUGCUGCUGGGAGACGCUCAGGACAGUCCAAAGAAGUCCACCCCUCCUCAGAGGCUGACCAAGAAAGACAAGGAAAUGCGCAGCCGGCCAUCACUCAUCGACCUUCCCUUGCCUCCCACUCUGCCUGGAGGCGACCAGUCACCCCCCCAGUCCCCCAUCCGCCAGGCUCCUCCACUUCCCCAGCCAGCCCUUAAGAAGAGACCAAAGUUUUGCUGCCCACGAUAUGGUGAGCGCAAACAGACCCAGAGCGACUGGGGCAAACGCUGUGUAGAUAAAUUUGACAUAAUCGGCAUAAUAGGCGAGGGAACCUACGGCCAGGUGUACAAAGCCAAGGACAAAGACACUGGUGAGCUGGUGGCUCUGAAGAAGGUGCGUUUGGACAAUGAAAAGGAGGGCUUCCCCAUCACAGCCAUCAGAGAGAUCAAGAUCCUGCGGCAGCUCAACCACCGCAGUGUUGUCAACAUGAAGGAGAUCGUCACUGACAAGCAGGAUGCACUCGACUUCAAAAAAGACAAAGGUGCAUUUUACCUAGUGUUUGAAUAUAUGGACCAUGACCUGAUGGGCCUGCUGGAGUCAGGCCUGGUCCAGUUCUCCCAUGAGCACAUCCGCAGCUUCAUGCGCCAGCUGAUGGAGGGUCUGGACUACUGCCACAAGAAGAACUUCCUGCACAGAGACAUCAAAUGCUCUAACAUACUACUCAACAACAGUGGUCAGAUCAAACUGGCUGACUUUGGUUUGGCCCGGCUCUACAAUUCAGAGGAAAGUCGGCCGUACACUAACAAAGUAAUCACUCUAUGGUACCGGCCUCCUGAGCUCCUGCUGGGAGAAGAGAGGUACUCUCCAGCCAUCGAUGUAUGGAGCUGUGGGUGCAUUCUGGGAGAGCUCUUCACCAAGAAGCCCAUCUUCCAGGCCAACCAGGAGCUUCUACAGCUGGAGCUUAUCAGCCGUCUGUGUGGGAGUCCCUGCCCCGCCGCCUGGCCUGACGUCAUCAAACUGCCCCUCUUCAACACCAUGAAACCCAAGAAGCAGUACCGACGACGGCUAAGGGAGGAGUUCGCCUUUUUGCCUAAUCCUGCUCUGGACUUGCUGGACCGCAUGCUGACCCUGGACCCCGCACGGCGCUGCACAGCGGAGCAGGCGCUCAACAGUGACUUCCUGUGUGACGUGGAGCCCAGCAAAAUGCCUCCGCCUGACCUCCCUCACCAUCAGGACUGUCACGAGCUGUGGAGUAAAAAGAGACGGCGUGCACGUCAGAGCGGGCUGCCCGAGGAUGUGCCUGUGCCCAAAGUGCCCCGGAAGGAGCCGACGGGGCCCUCUAGUGGAGAGAACAGUCGGCCCCAAGUGAGCCCUGCUGGAGCCCCUCCCCCUCCUCCUGGAAGACCACCCUCCACAGCGAUCUCAGACAAUGAGCUGUCAGGCUUGGGAGCUGCAGCAGAGCAGCUGAACCAGACUGAGCUGGCUGUGCUGCUGAAUCUGCUCCAGGGACAGACGGACCUCAGCCUGCCCCAGGUGGCCCAGCUCUUCAACGUCUCCAACCCGGAGAGCCUCAGCCAGUCACUGUCCGCCCUCACCGAGGCCUCCCACCAGCAGGGGGCUCCAGAAGAUCAGGCCCAGCCUGCCGCCAGGUCCCAGCCCCCUGAACCGCCCCCUGAGCCCCACGAGCUCUCACCGGCGUCUGGAGACCCGCCCCUCAGCCAGGAAGACCAGGCCAACCUGCUGGCUCUCUUAUUGGGCCACAUCAUCAAACCGCAAGCCGAGGGGGUGGAGCAAGCGGAUGAGAGCAAUGGCGUCCAGUCAGAGGAGGCAGUAACGCGCGGUUCGUCCGCCUCUGCUGACCGCAAGGAUGGUGCCAUGCCAAAAAAGAAACCUCUUGGGGCCAGCCAGGUCGCUCCAUCUGCUGAGCAGCGUCCACCCUCUCCGCCCGGGCCUCCUCCAUCCGCUCUCCUGCUCGGACACGGUCAGCAGGCUGCCUCUGAAACCCAACCCGGCCAACAGGACAUCAGUCCCGCGGUGGCGGCUGCCUUGCUCCAGCUCAUUACCCAGCAGGACUCAGAGGCCGGGGCUUCUCAGCGCAGCAAGGACCCCUCUCCGGCGGUGGACACUCCGGCCCGUGGGCAGCCCCCACCGCCCUGGGUGGCGGACUCUCCCCCUAAACCCUCGACUGCAUCUGAGGCCCCAGCAGGACUGGUGACUGCUGCUCCUGCCACCGCAGCACAAUUUCCCAAGGACCAGGACCUCCGCUUCGCUCACGGAGCCGCCCGUUGAACCUCGAUCCCUCGAGUGACGAGACCUGGGUGUAACGGGACGGCUCCAGCAAGCCUCGCCUGUAGGGAGAGGCUGAUGUUGAAGAGGAAGACGGACCAUCUCUUGGUGAAAACACUUCUAAGCAGGUUGUGAUUGUUGAAUGAGAAUUUAUAAAGGAUUGUGUCUUUGUGAUGGACUGAAAGAAAGAGAAAAAGGUCAAGGGCCUUCUGAACAUCACUGCCCUGUGAACAAACCCUCAAAUAGAGCUUUGGUGAGAGUUGUGGGCUCGUGGUUGGGGCUGACCCGAUAUAAUUCAACAUAACGGGACAGUUGCCACCUGCGACCCCUCGCUCCUUGCCGUCCACUGAAGGUCCUGAGACUUGAAUGAAGUUGGAAGUUGUUUCCAAAGCGAGUGCCACACAUGAGCAAUGAUCAGCUGUGAUUUAGUUUUAUCGUUCUUGGUUAUUAUUAUUAUUAUUUUUUUUUUUCUUUCUUCCAAAAUCAGAUGAUUGUCACGUCUACUGCAGUGCCCCCCCCCCCUUAUGACAGGGCUAUCGGCGUGUUGGAGAAUCGGAACAAAUCAUUGUCCUCCACGUGUGUUUUUGGCUGGGACGGAGCACUGCCUGCGAAAACACACUUUGAAAGAUAACGCUGAAGCUCUGUUACUGUGUUUUGGGUAGGCGUGAGGCAACGAGGGCACUGAUUUAAAAACACUGGAGGACAGAAUGAAUUUUCUGUUGAACCUAAUAUGCUGUCUAGCCUCCCUGAUUUUCUGCCUUGUACCUCUUUUGUGACCUUAGCGACCCCUGAAUGAUCCGGGCUUAGUGGAGAAGUGUGGGUUACACUUUCCGCUUUGGGUGGUCCAUGAAACAGUUGUACAACUCCGGGACCGUAAGUUUUUUCCGUUUGUCUGUAGCCAAAGCCUGUUAUAUAUUAUAAUCUGUCAUCAGCCCAACUUAAACGUGUCUAUGCGCCGCCUCUCUCAGCUAUGAAUUAAAUGCUCCUGUCUCAGCUAUGAAUUAAACCACAUUAUGAUGGGAGCGCUCUGAAAUACAUACACUACUCUGCUAGUCUAAGCUUAGACGCACUUGUGCACACACACACACUCCCAGACGCUUUGCCUGUUGGGCGCUGACAGUCUGGUCUGUUAUGUCUGUCCUCUGCCUCCCUGCCAACCUGUGCAUCAAAAGGUUAUUUUUUUUUUUUUUUUGUGCGAUUAUUUUCUACAUAAAGAUACAUGCUUAAAACAAUGGUCCAUGGUUCUGUUUCUAUUUUUAUUUUGUUGCUACGGGGAAGGAUAGCGAGGAGCAAUAUGAUCAGUCUUCAUGUGUCUGUAAAAAAAAAAAAAAAUGGAAAAAAAGAAGAUAUUUUGUAAUAUGUGUUCUUGGUUCAGUUUAUUAAAGGAAGUCAUGCGACCAGUU